AAAAAAGUGGAUGUAAAAAACAUAAAGAAUGAUCCAACAGCAGAUAAAGAGUGAGGGUGCGUAGAAUCCAUGAGGAGCCGGCGGGCGGCUUGCUUUGAUUUACUUAUGCUUUAAGUAUGCAAUGUUUCUUUUCCCAAAAGUUUCUCCACUAGCUCAUGUCUUCUUCUUCGAUCAAUAUAAUUUAGAAAUCGGAAUUAUGCUUUGUCCGGCGAAGAUGGAAAACAGAAUCCCCAACUCCGUGCACCGGAAGCAGAGCAGCCGGCAGAUGUCGAUGUCCGAUACGGAGUCACAGAUGGAGACGACGUUCCACUCCCCUGAGCAAUCGCCCUUCCGCGACCCGUUUUUGGAAUCUCUUCCUCCCCCCCACUCCAAAGCCUCCAUUACCGUGUCCGCAGUUGACAAGUUCUACUCCCCCCAGCCAUCCCCUGCCGCAAAGCUGCACUUCGAUUCCAGCCUCCCAUCCGGCGGAUAUCCACUUAUUAGCACCGCGCCUUUAGUGCUUAGGCUUGCCCAAGCGCUCUUCUGCGUCGUUUCCUUCUCCCUUAUGGCGGCUGAUCAAACUCAAGGUUGGACUGGUGACUCCUGGCACCGAUACAAAGAGUACAGGUAUUGUUUGGCAGUAAAUGUAAUGGGAUUUGUAUAUUCUGGAUUUCAAGGGUUUAAUAUAUCGUACCGCUUGGCCACAAACUCAUCCACCUAUUCUGCUCUGCGUUAUCAUCUUGAUUUUGUGAUGGACCAGAUUUUGGCUUACCUAUUGAUGUCGGCAUCAUCAUCAGCGGCAACAAGGGUGGAAGAUUGGGUAUCAAAUUGGGGGAAAGAUGAGUUCACACAAAUGGCUAGCGCCUCCAUUGCCAUGUCUUUCUUUGCCUUUCUCGCCUUCGCCUCCAGCUCUCUCGCCUCUGCUUAUGUUCUCUCUAAUCACCGUUUCAAUAACAACAACCCUUUAGCGGUCGUAGGAAGCUAAAUUUUGGCUUACCUAUUGAUGUCGGCAUCAUCAUCAGCGGCAACAAGGGUGGAAGAUUGGGUAUCAAAUUGGGGGAAAGAUGAGUUCACACAAAUGGCUAGCGCCUCCAUUGCCAUGUCUUUCUUUGCCUUUCUCGCCUUCGCCUCCAGCUCUCUCGCCUCUGCUUAUGUUCUCUCUAAUCACCGUUUCAAUAACAACAACCCUUUAGCGGUCGUAGGAAGCUAAGUAUGUCUUGAAUGAAAAUGAUGGUGAAAUAUGUGACUUUCAUUUUAUUAUAUAAAUGUAUCAGAGUGCGAUAUGAUUCAUGAAGCCUUAUUUCACAUCAAACAAUAAGUUAUGCAGUUUGAGUACAUGCAAUAAUUUGGAUACUUCAUCUUCUCUUCUUUCAAUUUUUUC